GUUAAUAAUUUGUUUAUUUUUUUCAAACCAUGUGAUAAUUUUUAAAAAUAUUGCCUUAUUUUUCAGUCUUUAUGAUGUUGAAGCAGUUCUGAUUGCUGUUGGAAUCUGCACUGUAAUAUGUUUGGCUUUAACUCUCUUUGCAUUUCAAACAAAGUAUGACUUUACCACGUGUUCUGGUUUGAUCUUGGUUAGUGCCGUUGUAUUCCUGGUGUUUGGUAUAGUAGCUAUUAUCUUUCCGGGAAAGAUUAUGCAGCUGGUGUAUGCAUCAGUUGGAGCUAUUAUUUUUUCCUUUUACCUGGUGUUUGACACUCAGCUGAUGAUUGGUGGAAAACAUAAAUACAGCUUAUCACCUGAAGAUUAUAUAUUUGCUGCAUUAAAUAUUUACAUGGACAUAAUAAAUCUGUUCUUAAUGAUCUUGCAAAUUGUUGGAUAUGCUCGGGACUAGAUUUUUGUAUCUCACUUACUACUUUGGAUGUUGUUUGAUUUUCAUUGUAAUACGUCAAGCUAAUGUUGUUCUAGUCGUUUGAUAUUUCAUAUGAAGCAACGUCAUUGUAUCCAGUAUUUUUUUUACAUUAGAUGUUACUUGUAACCGCUAUGCAUUCCAUUUUUAUUCAGUUGUCAUUUGUUUGAAGAAAAAAAUCAGUGAUUUUAUUAAUUUAACUAAGUCAUUUCUGUACUAUAAAAUGCACUUGCCUACUGUCAACAUUAAGGCUACAUUUGUAACAGUCAGUGUAAAAGCUGCAGCACUAAGAUCAUGUGAUGAAUACAUACUCUGAUAUUUGUUACAA